GGGUCCGAUGUGCGACCGAACUUCCCCAUUCCUUUCACUCCCCUCAACACCAUAGCUCCAAGACCCUGACCACGGCCACGGUCUCUACGUCAAGAUGAGCUCCGGGUAUUCAUACGACGAGCAGGGGCAAUUCUUCCCCAUCUUCAUCCUCACCCUCACCAGUCUCAUUACCCUCCCUCUUACCUACACUCUCGUCUCCCCAGCAAAGGAUCUCGAGGCCACUGCCCCGCGGAUCAAGUCAGACUACAAGCCAGAACAUGACGACAUAUUACAAUCCCUCCGCCAGGCGCAGAAGCGCAAGCAAAGGCGUGUUCUCCGUACCGUCUUCGUCCUGGCCGGAUGGGCCCUCAUGGCCUUCAUGGUCUACCUGAUCGUUACCACCCAGCGCACCGCGCCCAAGAUUUGGAAUCCCUAUGACAUUCUAGGCAUUUCUGAUUCUUCGACCGAACAAGCAAUCAAGAAAAGGUACAAGACCCUGUCAAGGACACUGCAUCCCGACAAGGCCAGGCCCGACGCCGCCAAGAACGAGACGGUCGAAUCCCUCAACACCGCCUGGGUCGACAUCUCCAAGGCAUACCAGGCCCUUACCGACGAGGAGGUCCGGAACAACUACAUCCAGUACGGCCACCCCGAUGGCAAGCAGAGCUUCUCUAUCGGCAUCGCUCUACCCCCAUGGAUCAUCGCCCACGGCAACGAGAAAUAUGUCAUCUUCCUGUACACCGCCCUUCUCGGCGUUCUGCUUCCCUAUCUGGUUGGCUCCUGGUGGUACGGCAGUCAGCGCAUGUCCAAGGAGGGCGUCCUCAUGGAGAGUGCCAAUAACCUCUUCCGUGCCUACGUCGACAGCAUCGACACCGGGGGCGUCAUCACCGCCCUGAGCGUCGGAAAGGAGUACGAGGAGGCUUUCAAGGGCGACAAGGCCGACUCCGGGCUCGCCACCAUCGAGUCCCGCAUCGCCUCCCAGGACGACGACUCCGGAAUGUCUACCAAGGAUAAGCACGCCCUCGUGGACCUCGACAACGGCGUCCGCCGCAAGGCCCUCGCUCUCCUCUGGGCCUAUCUGGGCCGCGUCGAGCUCGGCGAUGACGCCCUCAACCGUGCCAAGUACGAAGUAGCCCCGGUGGCCCACUCCCUCAACCGCGCCUUCUCCGUCAUUUCCCAGGCCUUCGGUCACACCGAUCCCAUCGUCGCCUCCUUCAAGACCAGCCAGCACCUCGUCCAGGCCAUCCAUCCCAAGGCGUCCCCUCUCCUGCAGCUCCCCCACUUCACCCCUGCCGUCGCGCGAGCCGUGGACGGCGAUCGCAAGGGCCACACCACCGUCCAGCAGUUUAUGGAGCUCCCGGACGCCCAACGGAGAAGCCUCGUCGUGGGGAAGGGCCUCCUCUCCGAUGCGCAGUACAAGUCGGCCGUCGGCGUCGCCCGGCAGCUGCCGUAUUUCCAGGUCGCCAAGGCCUUCUUCAAGGUGACCGGCGAGAAGUUCAUCAUCCCUUCCUCCCUCGUGACCCUGGUCGUCAAGGGACGUAUCGUGCCCCCGGGCAGCGAGAACGUGCCGGCCGUCAACCCGCUGGACCUGGAGGACGUGGACCCCGCCGAAGACGACGUCGACGCCUUCAUCGGCCGCAAGAGCAAGGUCAUUGUCAAGGCGGCCGACGGGAAGCCGGUGGCCUUGGACAAGAAGCCCGUGCUGCCCCCGCUGGCCCACGCGCCCUACUUCACCCGCGCCCAGGCCCCCACCUGGUCCGUCUUUUUGACGGACGCCAAGCAGGGCAAGAUGGCCGUCCCGCCCUUCCACUUCACCCACUUCGACCAGCCCAUCUUCGGCGACGACGGCAAGCCCACCUUCAACAUGCAGACUCUCAAGGCGCAGUUCGCCGCGCCGCCACAGCCCGGCCACUACACUUUCGUCAUGCACGUCAUGAACGACAGCUAUGUCGGCUUCGAUACCACCAUGGAGGUGACGCUGGUGGUCGAGCACCCAAGCAAGGCGGCUGCCAUUGUAGCUGAAGAUGAGAUUAGCGAACCUGAAGAGGACUCUUUGGCUGGCCAGAUGAGCGCCCUCAAGGGCGGCAGCGUCCCGGGCACGACCAAGCCCAGGAAGAAGCCGGCCGAGGAGGACUCGGACGAGGAGAGCGGCACGGACGACGAUGAGGCGGAUGACACGAGUGAGACGAACACGGAUACGGAGGAUGAGGGUGCGUAAAGGCCGUGGGCAGUCCAUUGGUCUACAGGGGAGAACGGUGGGCUGUGUUGCGUCGAGAGGUUUGUCAUUUACGUCGAGUCUCCGUCCUGGUUUGUCCCUCGAUGGAGGGGGGUUACGUGGGAACCUGAUGUUCUUCUUUUUUAUUUUAUCCUAUUUUCGUUCUCCGUGGUGUAGCGGAGGUAAAGCGACACGGGGAAGGGGCAUCAUGUUUUGGUGGAUGUCACUGUAGCGAUAGGGGAAUGAGGCCCAGGGCAUGGGACGAGCCGAGGAGAAAGAAAGAAAAUGAUGAGAAUCAAUACCCGGCUUUACAUGCCCUUUGCGUAAGCGUGUGUCUCUCUGUGCUGGCGGCCAUUAUGACGGGUCAGGCUUGUAAGUUACGCCUCUCUUCAGCGAAGCAGGACAUACUCAUGAUCCUGUGGUUGAGCAUUUUCUCGGGGCCCGGGGCGGGAUAGAAGUUUGGAAGCUG